UUGACUGCAUUUUAAGUUCACUUAAGUAUUUGAGUCACAAUCUGAUAGCUCCACGCUAACAAAAUCAUGACUACGGAAGGAAAAACUGAUAUGGAGAGGGUCGGCCUCUUCCAGGAAAUGAGUUAUGUCACUGUCAAAGAUAACUAUUUAGACCAACAGGACAGGCCUUUCAAUGAAGCAGCAUAUAAAGGUAAACAGAUGCUGCCAGGAGGCUCGAAAGAGAAAUCGGCCCUUCAAGUAGGAUACUUUGAUCCUGUUUUCAUUCGGAUCUUUGAAAAGGAAGGAUACACUGAUCCCAUUAAGUUAAGAAGACAAUUUAAAAUGAAGCAGGCCUCAGGCAAUAUAGGCAAAAUCUUCCUUCCCAGUAAUGGUGACAAAAAGCCAUCGGGAUUGGGUAGUUAUUAUGGAACAAUCGGAGGCUCAGUCAAGGCAUUCUCUGCAGCAAUGAAGAAAAAGUCGCCAUUUGUUCCAGAGAAAAAAAAUUUCAUUACCAAUCCUGGAAAACUAGGAACUGGCUAUGGGUACACUAAUAUUACCAUAGGAAAGGACUAUGGCCAUGCUCCAGAUCCCUAUAUCGUAAAAUCAAAGAAGGUAGAAAAAUUUAUUGGAGGACCAUUUCAAGUAAGCAACUACCCUCAAGAUUAUUUUGACAAUAAUCCCUACAAGCUCACAAAACCUUUACCGCCAAUAAAAGCAAAGAGUGCCCCUGGAAAGGCUAUUGAAACACCUUUUAAACCAUCUUCUCUUCCAAAGAGGGAUGGUGGCAUGAAGGCAGGCACAUUUGAUCCUUACCCAUCUUAUUUCAGUAGCCUUAGUAGAAAGCUCAAAUCUGCCCCAGAAACGAAAGCGAUUUUCCGACCCAAUCCUGGAACAAAAAGCAGACCGAUUCAAAGUAUCCUCAGGACCAAUGUUAUCAGGUCCAUAAACUGCACAAAUUACAAGAUGAUCCAUCGAGUAAUGGCAUACUAAAGAUUGGGUGGAUAGCUGCUGACCGAUGGAAAGCCCUGUAUAAUAAAACAUCACUGCAAAUCAUCUUAAUCUUUAUUAUUUUAAUCCACUCUUUUAACCAUAGAAAUAGGAAAC